AUGUGGUACUUGACACCUCUUGAUGGUUCCCACAAACAAAGCCCUACUAAAGAAAUGAAGGGCUCUCCUCAAGCGCAAGAAAUAGCGCUUCGAGGACAUCGAGAGAACGAGCAGACAUCAAACCGAGGAAACUUCAUCGAAAUACUCGAAUUACUGAAGCAAAAAUGUCCUGACUUAGCAAAAAAUGUCGAAUCGAUGCCUGGAAAUGCAAAAUAUAUUGAUCAUCACAUACAAAAUGAAAUAAUCGAAUUAAGUGGAAAAUUGACUCGAGGUAUGAUUGUCAAGGAAAUACAAGAUGGAUCCAACUGUUACUCUGUGAUCGCCGUCGAGACGAAGGAUAAAGGCGGGAUCGAACAAUUAAGUGUCUGUGUACGAUAUUUAUGUCAAUGUGAAAUUGUGGAGAGAUUCCUUGGAUUUACGGAUUUGCACAAAUUUGACGCAGAAUCCAUAACAGACGGUAUUAGCAAAAUGAUAAUUAACAGUGGACUAGACAUAACCCGGUGUGUCUCUCAAGCAUAUGAUGGCGUCAUGAGCGGUAACAUUUCCGGCGUAUGCAAACGAUUCCAGUCUCAGGUUGGGGGGCCAACUCCAUACGUACAUUGUUACGCACAUCGCUUAAAUUUUGUAUUGGUUGAUUGUUGUGCCGAUCUUAAGGAUAUCAAAGAAGUAAUUGGACUUAUUCAAGCUAUUUAUAAUUUUCAAAGUCAGUCUGUACGUAGGAGUGAAUACUUCAAAGACGCCCAAGCAAUGAUCGGAUACGAUAAAAUUUUGGAGCUACCAAAAAGUUGUGAUACGAGAAGGUCAAGUCAAAAGAAUGGGAUAUCAUAUUUCCACAAUCGGCUAGAUUCUGUAAUCUUGGCGUUGGAAAAUAUUUCUGAAAAUGGAAAACCUGCUGAUCUUGCAGAAUGCAAAGGAUUUCUUCAUCAACUGAAAUCAUUUCGAACACUUCUACUAAUUUUCAUUUUGGAUUAA